UUGCUCGCACUCGCACAUUGAGAACUGGGAUGGCUUCCACAGGCUGAGGUUGUGCCCGUGUAUCACCCCAUCAUCUCCCAUCCAUCAUGUACCUCUACCGUACAUGUCAUUGUCUGUCUCUGAGGCCGCUCGCUCGAAAUAUUGAAAGCCCCGCCCCUGGCCCUUGCUCUGGGCAAACGCGCAGGGCUACACCGCCAACAUUCAUUCGCACGCACACGCACACCCACGCAACCGCCGGCUCAUCAGUGCUUCCAGUCCAGUCCCUCCCCCACCCCAGGCCAGGCCAAGCCAACCUCGUCGAGCCGUUCGUUCGUCGUGCUGCUACUGCUAGCUAGCUAGCUAUGCUGCUAUAUUACGCAGACUGACCGCCUCGCCUCUCCCGCCUGCCCGCCCUGCCUGCGUGUCACUCACUCUCCCACAACAUCAUGUCGUUGCGGCCUGUCCAUGUCCAUGUCCCCCUCCCUCGCUGAUUAUUAACCUCGAUUGGAGCCUGAAAGAGGGGCCCACUGGCUUCCAUUGCCUUCUAGCAGUCACACGUCGCGGGCGGGUGCACCAGCAAUCACGGCCAGAAACUGCCCUCGUCCGGCGUGCUUCCUUAUAAGCAAUUCCCGGGGCGCACUCGACCACUUUCUGGGAGGAACCUGCGCCGAACCGCAGUCCCAGAAGCCCCCCCGCUAUCCCUCCUAAGCCAACAAAUCCUCGCCCUCGACUCUGCUCCAGCACACGGUACCACAUUCUCUUGCCUGCUUUGAGCCUCACCUGCAUACCACGCAAGGAACGCCGCCCACCCGCUC